CUGACGAAUGUCUCCACUCUCUACUUUGGGAAAUGAAAAUGAAGAUUUUAGCCCUUAUAACUCUUCUCCUUUGUCGCAAUUUCUCGUACGCAACGGAAGACGAACCAAAGCCGAUUAAGACUUUCGUCAUCCCGCAUAGCCACAUGGAUGUAGGCUGGGUGUACACCAUUCAGGAGAGUAUGCAUGCCUAUGCUGCCAACGUGUACAGCAGUGUGACCGAGGAGCUGUCCAAGUCUAAACGCCGCAGGUUCAUUGCGGUGGAGCAGGAGUUCUUUCGACUAUGGUGGGAUACUGUGGCCACAGAUGUCCAUAAGAAACAAGUGCGACAGCUAGUCAAGGAGGGUCGGUUUGAGUUCAUAAUCGGAGGCCAAGUGAUGCAUGAUGAGGCAGUGACUGAUCUGGACGAUGAGAUAUUGCAAAUGACAGAGGGCCACGGUUUCCUCUAUGAGACAUUUGGGGUGCGUCCUCGGUUCUCAUGGCAUGUGGAUCCAUUUGGGGCGUCUGCCACAACGCCUGUUCUCUUUGCCCUGGCGGGCUUCAACGCUCACCUCAUCUCGCGCAUUGACUAUGAUCUCAAAGAUGCCAUGCAAAAAAACAAGAAAUUACAGUUUGUGUGGAGAGGUUCUCCCUCACUGAAGGAGCAGCAGGAGAUCUUCACUCACACCAUGGACCAGUUUAGCUACUGCACCCCAUCCUACCUGCCCUUCUCCAACAGCUCUGGUUUCUAUUGGAAUGGAGUCGCCCUGUUCCCCGACCCCCCUAAAGAUGGUAUAUACCCUAACAUGAGCCUUCCUGUCAACAAAGAGACGGUACACGCCUAUGCCCAGACCAUGAUAGACAACAUAAAGCAGCGGGCCGCAUGGUUCAGGACCAACCACGUGCUCUGGCCAUGGGGUUGUGACAAGCAGUUCUACAACUCAUCGGUGCAGUUCAACAACAUGGACCCAUUAAUGGACUACAUAAACCAGAACACCAAAGAGUUUGGAGUGACAGUCCAGUACGCUACUCUCAGCGAGUACUUUCAAGUGAUCCACAAAUCCAAUCUUACCUGGGAGGUCAGGGGCAGUGAAGACUUUCUACCUUAUUCCACUGAGCCUUACCAGGCAUGGACAGGUUUCUAUGCCUCCCGAAACGUUCUGAAAGGUGUGGCGCGGUGGGCCAGUUCCCAGCUGCACGCCGCUGAGACUCUCUUUGUACGGUACCGAGUCCGCUUCCCUGACGGACCUGUGGCCAAAGACUGGGCCCUCGACAAACUUCGGGCACUUCGCUGGGCUGUCUCUGAGGUCCAACACCAUGACGGUAUCACUGGCACCGAGUCUCCCAAGGUGGCGGACAUGUACAUUCAGCACCUACACCAGGCCACGACGGGUGUGGAUGAGCUGCUAGCUGCCCUCUUUCUUCUGCCCCAUGACCUCGGAAUACCCGGCACCCGCUACCACAGAAAAGGCUCCCGUCGAGCUCUGGAGCAACAUGUAAUUGUUUACAACCCGUUAGCGUGGAACAUCACCACCUUCGUCAACGUCACGGUAACCUUCCCCACGGCAAACGUCUUCGAUGAAGACGGACAGCCGGUGCCUGCACAGAUCCAGAGGUCGGCGGACUCCAGAGUGACCUAUGACCUCUUCAUCGUCGUGGACCUGGGGGGUCUUCAGCAUAGGAAGUAUCUAAUCAAGUUCUCAGAGAAGCCAUGCUCCCAGGGACCUAGAUGCGGCUUGACCUACAUUGCAAGAGGGGUGAAAUUCGAAAGACGCAGCAUUCGGGACGGAUUAAAAACAGGAAGGAUGCUUCUUCCUGUUCUGAACGAAUGUUACAAGCUCAUGUUUGACAAGGACACCAAUCUACUGCACAGCAUCACUGACCGUUUAGAGAAGAGGAGUGUGAGGACGACCCAGGAUUUCUGGGAGUACCGAGCCAACGGGGACGAGAAAGCGGGCCCCAUCUCUGAUAACUACAUCUUCACUGCCAAUAGUUCAGCUGCGAAGGCCUACAAGGCCGUGAAAAUGGAGAUUAUUCCCGGCAAGAUUGUGUCUGAGAUCCGACAGUACUUCUACAGGGAGGAAGGUGAUGAAGACUACUCGUUUUCCAUCACCACACGCGUCCCGUUGGGCUUCUGGAGGAGGCUGCCGUGUCACAGGAUGGAGCAGAUGUACUCUCUGGGUCCCCUCCGAGUCAACACGGAGGUCGUCAUGCGGACCAGCACCACAUUGGAGAACAACAGGACCCUGUACACGGACGACAACGGCUACCAGAUGAUGAGGAGGACACAUCGGGAGUUCACCAACAACACCUUAGCUCGGAACUACUUCCCCAUGGUCCGCACAGCCUAUAUCGAGGAUGACCUCAGCAGGCUGGUCCUCCUUAGCGACAGGGCUCACGGUGUGGCCAGCCAGGCAAACGGAGAACUGGAGGUGAUGCUCCACAGACGUCUGUGGAACAACAAGCCGUGGAACCUCGGCUACAACCUGACCCUGAACGACAGCUCCAUCGUCCGGCCCACCCUGUGGAUGAUGCUGGCUUCCAUUAACACCACUUCCCGCCUGUACCAGAGGGAGGCGAUAGCGCUCCAGCACAGACCGGUAGUGACGCCCAUAGACCUCCCGCAGGAGGCCUGGCGGUGGAAGGAGACGGGGCCGGGUGCUGGUGUGCAGCCAGUGGUCUUACCUGACAACCUUCACCUGCUGAGCCUCUCUGUCUCUGGGUGGAACUACAACUCCCAGCAUCACCUUCACCUCAGACACCUGAGCACAGGUAAGGGUCUGCGGUCGGAGCCCGACUAUGAUCGGGUCCUGCUGAGAGUCAUGCAUCUCUUCGAGGAGGGCGAAGACGCGGAGCUGGGAAAGCCGGUUUCCAUCAACUUCAAGGAAGUGCUGAGGGGCAUCGGGGAAGUGAAAGUGCUGGAGGAGCGUUCUCUGACAGGAACGUGGGACAUUGGCCGUCUCCAGCGGUGGAAGUGGAAAACUGCAGAUAACUUUGAAACAGAGAGUAAGAGGUGGCACAGGUGUGGGUUUGAGGACUUCAACGUGACCAUCUCACCUAAAGAGAUCAGGAUGUUCUUCGUUUCCUUCAGCGAUUAGACCAGACCGCUGUCUUCUGUCUUCUGUGAAGACCACUGACUCAUUUCCACGAAACUGACAAGCGUUUCAGUGUCGUCAUGGUUUCACCGUGGACCGGUGGCCAUUUUGCACAGAGUGUCGAUCUAUAGUAAAGGACGGCUGGGUCGAUUCAGCACAGUCCUUUGAAAUUUAAAGAAAUUUUGUUUUUGUUGAAGUGUCAUCUCAGACAGGAAAUCAUUUUCUACAACCAUUCUGAAAAGUAUUUGUAUAGACCUAUAAACUGAUCUGUAGCAAUGAAAAGUAAAAAGUAAUAUUUUUGAGUGAGGCUAGCUUGCCUUAUUUUCCAAGAUACCAGUAAUGAAGGGACUGUCGGGCUUUAUUAGACCGUCAGUAUUUGAUAAAUAGAUGAGAAAUGUUUGCAAAAGCAGCAGCGGCGAUCAACAGGAUGGUUGUGAUUCAGCUCAGAAAACAUCCAAGACAUUACAUUCACGAUUUGGACGAUAAAUCUUCUGAUCGGCCUUUUGUCCAGUUGACUUUAAACACGGGACAGUGGUGCAGUGGUUAGUGUGGUCGCCUCACAGCGAGAAAGUCCUGGGUUCAAACCCCGGGGUAGUCCAAACUUGGGGGUCAUCCCGGGUCGUCCUCUGUGUGGAGUUUGCAUAUUCUCCCCAUGUCUGUGUGGGUUUCCUCCGGGUGCUCCGGUUUCCUCCCACAGUCCGAAGACAUGUAGGUCAGGUGAAUCAGCCAUACUAAAGUGUCCCUAGGUGUGAAUGUGAAUGUGAAUGUGUGUGUGUGUGUGUGUGUGUGUGUGUGUGUGUGUGUGUGUGUGUGUGUGUGUGUGUGUGUGUGUGUGUGUGUGUGUGCGCGUGUGUGUUGGCCAUGUGAUGGACUGAUGACCUGUCCAGGGUGUCUCUCCGCCUGCCGUCCAAUGACUGCUGGGAUAGGCUCCAGCAUCCCCACGACCCCAACUGGGAUAAGCGGCUUGGAUAACAGAUGGAUGGAUGGAAAGUGUUGUAGUACUUGAGAAUGGACUUGCUCUCAUUUCGAAUGUCUCCAUCUUGUCUCAGACUUCACAGCAAAAUGACCCGGGACUCAAGUGGGACUCGACUGGGACUCGGACAGUGUGAACUUGUGAUGAUUUUUUUUUAAGACUGCUUGUGUACAAGAUUUUAUUUUUUAAAUGAUUAUCAAACGUCCCCUGAAGAGAUCAAUAAAGAGCA